AUGGGAAAAGGAUAUUUUACUUUGAAAUUCUCAAGUGCUGAAGAUAAAGCGAAAGCCAAGAAGCAUCUGAUAUGGGAGCUCUCUACUGGUACCAUUCGUAUUCGCGAAUGGGUUAAAAUGUUCGAUCCUUAUCGGGAAAUAUCUUCUUUAUGCCAUGUGUGGGUCAGAAUUUAUUAUUUGCCGGUUGAAUGUUGGUACCCGGAAAUUAUUACCGGAAUAGGACAUCACAUUGGUCUACCCCUACAAAUUGAUUCGGCCUCGGCACAUGGGGAGUUUGGACAUUUUGCUCGUUUAUUGAUAGAGAUUGAUCUCUCCCUACCUUUGCCUGAAACGCUCCUCGUUAAUUGUGAUGAAGGAUCGUUUUAUGUGGAGUUUGGCUACGAACAACUGCCACUUUAUUGUUCCAAAUGCAAGAUCACUGGCCAUUCUACUGACAAAUGCAGAAAAGGAACGUCUUCCACUAAAGAAGCUGCUACGAAGGACAAGACUGUCAGCAUUCAGACUGAUAAAGCUAAGGAGACUGGGAAGAACGGAAAAGACAAGGUGAAAGAUCUAAAGUGCAAGGCAAAAGAACCAGAAGGGGAUCCCCACAAUACCAACAAAUUUGCAUGUCUUUCAGAUGGAGAUCACACUGAGCAAGGGUGUUCAUAUGGCCUGGAUUUACUGGAAAAAAUUUUAAUUAGCAGCAACAACGGAAAGGACGGCGAAAAGGGUGUGCAUGAUAGGGUUCAGGAGGAACCUUUGGAGCCAGAAGCUUCUGAUGAAGAGGAUUACGAAAAAGAUGAGGAGGUUGAGGAGGAAAGGGAGAAAGAAUCGGAAGUUGUUGUGGUCUUCGAGGAGAUUGAACAGGAACAAAGGCGAACCGAGGUUACGAGAGUUGUUGAUCUUGAAAAAGAUACUGCGGCAAAUAUUCCUGUUGUUGGGGAAUCAUCAUCCACAUUGGAGGUCACGAAACCAACUAAGAAGGACGUCAAUGGGCACGUGGUUGAGCAGCAGAUAAAGGUUGCUCGGGUGGUUGAUCUGAUUACGUCAGGGAGCUCGAAAGAGAAGGAGAUACAGGUUAAAAAGAGGGGGAGGCCACCCAAAUCUGAAAUCUCUGCUCGGAAACAUACACAAGAGGAGGGAAUCAAAGGCCGCUUAAGAAAACAGGAGCAAGCUACCAGAUCGAGGGAGGUGAAAUCCGCUUCGGAAUAUUACAUCCAUAAGAGAAUGAGCUCAGCUAUAGCGGAAGGCCAGCAACCUCAAAAUUACACAGUGGAGAACUCUACUUCUCCCAGUGCACGAUCCAUGGAUAACAUUGCCGCUAGGAGUUGGGCUGCUGAGAUGGAAUCGGGGGAAAAUCCGACAAACUGCCUUUAG